CCCACCGCAAUCCUCCGGCAGACCGGAAAUCCGCCAUGGUUUUUGUUAAAGCACAGAAGUCAAGAUCGUACUUCAAGAGGUUUCAAGUAAAGUUCAAGCGAAGGAGAGAGGGUAAGACUGAUUAUCGUGCAAGGAUUCGUCUGAUUAAUCAAGACAAAAAUAAGUACAACACUCCAAAGUACCGCUAUGUUGUGCGAUUUACCAACAAGGAUAUAGUUGCACAAAUUGUAUCUGCUAGCAUUGCUGGGGAUAUGGUUCUUGCGUCGGCUUAUGCUCAUGAGCUGCCUCAUUAUGGUCUCAAGGUUGGGCUUACAAACUAUGCUGCAGCUUAUUGUACUGGACUUCUGUUGGCACGUCGAGUUCUGAAAAUGCUUGUGAUGGAUGAGGAGUACCAAGGAAAUGUUGAGGCCACUGGCGAAGAUUUCUCUGUUGAACCUGCAGAAAGUAGGAGGCCUUUCCGUGCUCUUCUGGAUGUUGGUCUGAUCCGAACAACCACUGGCAAUCGUGUUUUUGGUGCUCUCAAGGGAGCACUUGAUGGUGGACUCGACAUCCCUCACAGUGAAAAGCGGUUUGCUGGAUUUAACAAGGACGGGAAGCAACUUGAUGCUGAUGUCCACCGCAAGUACAUUUAUGGAGGACAUGUUGCUUCCUACAUGAGGACCUUAAUGGAAGAUGAACCAGAGAAGUAUCAGACACACUUUUCUGAUUACAUAAAGGCUGGGGUUGAACCAGACAAUCUUGAAGAGCUUUACAAAAAGGUGCAUGCAGCUAUUCGUGCCGAGCCUAACCCAAAGAAAUCCGAGAAGCAGCCUCGUAAGGAGCACAAGAGAUAUAACCUCAAGAAACUGACUUAUGACGAGAGGAAGCAAAAGCUUAUCGAACGGUUGAAUGCUCUGAAUGCUGCUGCUGGACGCCAUGAUUCGGACGACGACGAAGAGGAUGACGAGUGAAGAUUUAGAGGUAUUUAGAUAGUAAAAAAGGAAAGAUUUUUGCAGCUUCAGUUUUGUGGGGUUUUGUUGCUUCUUAGAAUUGUAGUUGAGAACUUUAUACCAUCUCCCUGAGACCAAAAUUAUCAAUUGAAUCUUUAACUUGUUUGA